UAUAAGACAGAUCUGAGAGACAAAGAGGCACCAGAGCUCACACUGAGCCACGAUGAAGACUUUUUGUGUUGCUGUUGUUGUGCUGAGUCUCAUCUCAGUGUGUCAGGCUGCGUCACUGGCCUGUCAGAAGCUGAUGAAGCCAGUAGACAAAGACCCAGAUAUCUCUGGAACAUGGCACUACAUCGCUGUUUCCACUGAGCACUGUUGGUCUACAACAUUACUGAAUGUCUUUUUCUGGCCAAGUGCUGCAGUGGACAUUACAGCUAAGGGCACACCAAACAUCUACGAUGCCAACGUUAAGAUUAAAAUGUAUGGAAUGUGCAACAAUGAGUCGGAGUCGUUUCACUAUGCAAACCACAACGUGUUUAAUAUCGACAGUAACAAUGCUCCAACUGGUGAAGCAGAUGUGCUGCUGCAGACUGGUUGUCCUGACUGCCUUGUUGUAAAGGGGGUGGACAUCUUAAACACUCUUACACUCUUCAGUAAGGACAACAGAGGGACACAAUCAGGAAAUAUAAUGUCAUCACAUGGCUUGUAUCUCAGAUGUGUCACCUCUUCACCAGGUAGGAGAAAGAGCGUAGAUGCCGCUGAACUGAAGGAGUUUGAAACACAAGCCCAGUGUCUGGGCUGGUCCAAACCGCUAGUCUUAAGCACAGAUCACGAUUAUGAAAACUGCAUAUCUGUUGAUGAUAGUGACAUUGAUGAGGCAGCGGCAACCACCUUCUUUACCAAGAUGUAUGAGAGGGUGAAAAGCAUGCAUCACAAAGUAACUGAGUGCAUCAAAGACACUUUUCUUGCCUACCUUCCUACUUCCAUUUUUCAGAAGUAAAUAACCAUUGUUUGAUGAGCAAUGAUGUUUAGAUCAUGUAAGACAUGAAUGUCACUUUUCAUCUCUUGACUGGAAUGCAAAUAAAGACAGGCUUCCUAUUCCA